CCCAUUUCGUUAACGCCUUGACAAAUUGAACGGUCCCAAACCAAUGUUGCAUCAAGAUAUUAGAUAGAAGUGAAUUCAGUAAUGAAUUGAAGAGUUCCAAUUUGCGAAAUGGCAUCCACUAUUACUAUUAAUUUCCCACUUGUGUCCCUUUGUAAAUCCCCAAAGUUUCUGAACCCUCCUUCAUCAAGUUUUGUGCAAUACGAUUAUGCAGGCAGCGUCAUAAGAAGCAGGGAAUUGAAAAAUUACAGAAAGAGAGGAGGGAUGAUUGUGUGUGGGUUGCCAUUGCCAUUGCCAUUGCCAUUUGGUGUUGAUCCAUGGGCACCCACCAUUGACUCACAGAGCAUUGCUUCCCAGCUAUUUGCGUUUUCCUUGUUUCCUUACAUCGGCUUCUUAUACUUCAUUACCAAGUCCAAGACUGCUCCAAACCUCACCCUCUUUGGUUUCUAUUUUUUGCUUGCCUUUGUUGGCGCCACAAUACCAGCUGGAAUUUAUGCAAAGGUGCAUUAUGGAACUUCUUUGUCCAAUGUGGACUGGUUACAUGGUGGGGCUGAGUCGCUUCUCACUCUCACUAACUUGUUCAUUGUUAUGGGUCUGAGAGAGGGCCUUAGGCAAGCUGGAAAUUCAGAACAAAGUGCACCCAAUCCUGACUCAGGCUUGAAGGAGGAGGAGUAACGUUGGAUGCAAGCUUCAUAUUUGAAUUCCUUCUUACUAUUGGCACUAUUGUCAUUUGUUCUAUCAGCUCAGUUGUGGCUCCAAACUUUGGCUGGGACUCUGAUUAUCCCUGCAGCCUCUUGUGUAUUUUGUACCAAUCUGUAAAUAAAAUUUUUGAGUUGUUCCCUUUCAUGCUAAAAGAAUAACGGCUUGCCCUUCAAUAAUGUUCUAAAAGCUCUCUUUUAAUAUUGACUUUUCUUUUUCUUUUUCUUUUUUAGGAAUGAUGUAAUCAUGUAACUUAAUUUGCUUUAGUUAUUUGCUCUCAUUAUUAUGACUGCUCUGCCCUUC